AUGACCAAGGUGGUGACCAACGUGAUGACCAAUGCCAUGACCAACGUGGUGACCAAUGUGCUGACCAACGUGCUGACCAACCACCUGACCAAUGUGCUGACCAAAGUGGUGACCAGAGUGGUGACCUAUGUGCUGACCAAAGUGGUGACCAAUGCCAUGACCAGAGUGGUGACCAAAGUGGUGACCAAUGCCAUGACCAGAGUGGUGACCAAGGUGCUGACCAAUGUGCUGACCAAUGCCAUGUCCAACGUGGUGACCAAUGCCAUGACCAACGUGCUGACCAAGGUGCUGACCAAAGUGUUGACCAAUGCCAUGACCAAUGUGCUCACCAAAGUGCUGACCAAGUUGAUGGUUACGGCAGCGAUGACAGUUGAUGGACACGGCAGCGAUGACAUGGUCACGGCAGCGAUGACAUGGACACGGCAGCGAUGA